AUGGAGCAAGCUCAUCCAGGGAAAUAUAUAGGAUCAAUUCAGGAUAGCAUUAGUGGUAAAGGCACCUACGUCUACUUAAAGGGAAUAUACUCUUCAUAAAAGGGAUUUGUGUGCUAGAUUAAAUAAGAUGAUGGCAGAAAUAGGAUUGAAGUGCGUAAUGAAGAACAAAAAACUAGUGCAAAAAAAAGCAUCAAUAAUUAAAGCAAUUUAGGAGAUAUUAAUGAUGCUUCUAAAAUUGCUCUCAACACCUUAGGUUAGCCAUAAAUUGGAGAGAUAGUCUAUGCAAAGAUCACAAGAGUAGAGUAGAAUUUUGCUAGAGCUGAUAUAUUAUCAGUCGGCAGUACAGCCCUCAAUACUAUAUUCCAAGGCAUUAUGUUCAAGGAAAAUGUAAGGAGCUAUGAUAUUGAAAAUUUAGAUAUGCUGAAAUGCUUUAAGCCGAAUGAUGUGAUUAAAGCCAAAAUAGUGUCUUAGUAAGGUGCAGGCAACUAAAACUCGACAUUACUAUCAACAGUAGAGGACGAACUUGGAGUGGUAUUUGCUAGGAGUGAAGAAAGUGGUUAUUUAAUGAUUCCCAGAUCCUGGAAUGACUUUUAGUGUGUCAAAACAAAGAAAAAGGAAAAGAGAAAGGUUGCUAGGCCAGAGUUAAGCAGUAACUUAAAGUCAUCAAUAAAUUAUAAAAUGUCCCACGAAAAGGAUAUCACUCUGUUCUCUAGAUCAGGUAAACAGACUAAUUACUAGUAUCUGUGUUUCAGCAAGAAAAAAGAAGAAGAGGAAGAAUUGGUAAAGCCGAAGUUGACAAAAGAAGAGAAAAUAAUUGCUAAGAUGCCAAAAGAAAUACUCUAUGAAAAAGUAAAGGCAGAUUUAUAGGGGAAAGAGACUAAUAUCAUCAAAGAAUAUAUAUAGUAGGAAGAGCGAAGAAGAAAAUAAUAGUUUAAGGAAGCUGUUAAGAAAAUGUAGAAACCUCCAUUGAUAAAACCAUAACUGUAGGGUGAUUAGCAAUAACUUCAGUCUUAGUAAACUGGCUUAGAAACCACCUAAAAUUAGCAAUAAGUUUAUUAAAACCUCUAACCCUUGCCUUAGCUAGGACCUUAGGCCACAUCUCCAGCCUAAUAAAUGAAUUCAACUUAACACACAUUGCAUGGAGAGAGUAGGAAUUAGACUAUCAAUCAACAAAAGAAGUAAUUGUUUAAAGGUCAAAGUUCUAGCUUCAGAUCUGUGCCCCGAGAGCAAGUAUCAUUUUUGUAUAAAACAAACCCAGAUGGAAAUGGAGAAUUCAAGUAUAAUCCAAAGAUGUCUGUAGUGAAGAGAAAACUUGCCAGUGACUUCAAGUUCAACUACGGGGAACCGGCUUAACCUAGAAUUAAAAAUGAGGAAGAUCAUCUUUGCACAAAAGGAAACGAAGCUAAGAGUUUAAUGAAUAAAUUUAAGUCAUAGAUAAAUAACCUUAAUUAAGGUGAUGGUUAUAACGACCUAGAAAGUUCACCAAUGAGAAAGUAUUAAGACAUGUCAAUUUACGAAAUUAAUAAUGAGAUUAAAAACAAAAAUAAAGAAGUAAUGUAAUAUCUGGAAUAGACUAAUGUCCUUAUCGAAAGUCAAAUAGAGCAGUAGGGGAAAUUUUAAAAGAUAAGGUCACCAGUGUUAAUGGAUAAAAAAAGAAAUAGAAAAUCUAUAUUUGAAGAAUUGCAAGGCCCUCAUGAGGGAAGAUUUGAACUUAUCAAUAUAAAUCCCUCAGUCCUUUCCACUUAUGUGAAUCCUAAUCCACCUGACUUUAAGAGAUAUGGGAUAAGAGAACAUUAUAAAUAAGAAUAAGAUAAUCCUAAGAAUUUAAAGCCCUAGCCUUAGUAUGCCCCAAAUUAUGAGUACAAUAAAAAGUCAUUGGCAUUAGGCCAAAAUAAUUUUGAUAAGUAAACUGAUAGAGAAUAACAGAUCAAUUACUAUAUUGGCAAGACAAGAAACGACUAAAAUAUUGGCCAAUUCCACUAUACAGAUAAAGCCCACUUAGCCUUUAAUAAACUAUCAAAUGUAAGAGAAAACAACUCAAUUAUUGAUUUUACCAAGUCUGCUGCUAGAGAUAACUCAAUGUAUAUGCUGAGUGAUGGCUAUAAUUUAGAUUAAAAGCAAGACUCCUUUCUUGAUAAGAUUCUAGACUUGGGUGUUCAUCAGAGAAAGAAGGUCUCACAUAUAGUAUCAGACGUUUUAAAUUACCGUGGUGAUAAUAGCAUUGGAAGUAUGAUGCAUCUUAACUCUACUGGAACUGAUUCGUUAGUACUAUAAAAUACUAUGGAAUUGGGGAAGAUUGAGAGAAUAUACAGGCUGGGAAAAAACAAAUAUAAAAUAUUGAACGAUAAAGGAUUUAGCAAAGAAAUGGGUAAGGGUCUAACUUCAGAUGACGUAAGGGGCAUGACAUUGGAAUAAAAGCUUUUGUCUGGCUAUUAUACAACAACCAAUGAAAAUAUUGAAGCAGCAAAGGCUAUUGAUACUGAUAGAAGAAGCAAGAGCACCAAGAAACCUUCGCUUAAUCUAUCAGCUAUUUGA